CCCUUUCUACACAAAUGUUGCAACACAAUCUGAAAUUUCCUCUUUUCUUUCCUUCCUGCAUUUCUUACAGGUUCCUUUGCGUCAGAAGGCAAAAAAGAAAAGUCAAGGGUUCUUUAUAAUGAGCCGACGGAGGAUAUCGUGCAAAGAGCUGGGGCAAGCCGAUUGCCAAGGAUGGCUCUACAAAAAGAAGGAAAAAGGAGCUUUCAUUGGCAACAAAUGGAAAAAGUUCUGGUGUGUGCUAAAGGAGUCAUCGCUGUAUUGGUACAGCAGUCAGCUGGCUGAAAAAGCAGAAGGAUUUAUAAGACUUCCAGACUUCAGUGUGGAUCGAGCAAUUGAAUGCAAAAAAAAGCAUGCUAUUAAGAUCAGCCACCCACAGAUCAAGACAUUUUAUUUUGCGGCAGAAAAUGUUCUGGAAAUGAACACGUGGCUUAGUAAGCUGGGAAUGGCUGUAGACCCUCAGGCACCAAACAGGAAGAAUGAGGAAGAAUGCUACAGUGAAAGUGAGCAUGAUGACCCAGAAAUAACAGACACGCCACCUCCACCCUACACAGUCCAGACCCCACCUCCUCCUUCGGAUCAGCAGAAGUCAUCAUUCACCUCAACUCUGUCAAGUGAAGCAUCUUGUUCUCUCUCCUCUCCUGAAAGCACUUUCCAUUCCCAAGAAUCAUCGUCUUCCUUGACAUCCAAAGUGGUUUAUUCCGAGAGGCAGUCCUGGCUUGACCUGGUGAACAGCUCUGCCACGGAAGAGGGUGAUCAGCCUUUAACGUUCUGCGUACAGAUCCAUUCUGACGAGGCGCCACAAGUGGUCUGUGCGGAUGCAGCAGAAAGCCAGGAAGUCCAGCUUUCCCAACCCAAUGGUGGAUCCCAAACCUCUUACCUAAGUGCAGAUACACAUUGUCUAGCUGUGCCAGAUGCAGCAGGACAGCGAUCACCAGCCAGAGACCAGGAAAAGUGUGAUGAUGAUGAUGAGAUGGAGCGACUUUACAAGUCAUUGGAGCAAGCAAGCCUGUCUCCCAUUGGUGACCGUCGACUGUCAACUAAGAAGGAGCUUAGGAAGUCAUUUAUCAAGCGCAGCAAAAACCCCUCCAUUAAUGAGAAACUCCACAAAAUUCGAAUGCUGAACAGUACAUUAAAGUGUAAGGAACAUGACCUGGCCACAAUUAACCAGUUGCUAGAGGACCCAAAGCUGACAGCGGUGAAGUACAGAGAGUGGAGGAGCACAAACAUCAUGCUGGUCCAAGAUAUUUAUCAGCAGCAGGAGGUCCAGGACACAUCCACAGAGAAUAGUGAAGAGCAAGAAAUGACUCCACAGCCAGUCACUGAAAGUGCUAUUUGAUCAGUGGCACAUGACAAGAUUUUUCUGCAUGGGUCUUCACGUACAAGCGAUUUAAGCUGCUGUAUUUUGAGGUUUGUUUUUUGCAAGUGUGCUUAAAAGGAAAACAACCCAGUCUCCAAAGUUUUAAAUGUUCUUGCAGAGCUCAUUUAAUGUCAAAUGGGCAAGUUCCCCAAACUUGCCCAAGUUGCCCAAAAAUCACGCCUGAAUGUGGCCUGCAUACGUAAGAAGACUAUUUAACAAAGCAGCAAAGAAAUGUUUUUCAGUUUUUGGAGAAAAAAAUUAUAAGUGUCCAGCUCCUGAAGGAUGCAGAACUAUGUAAUAGCUACUGUAUAAAGAUGAGAUCCUUGGGAUUGUUUUAACCAUACACCUUACCUUGAAAUGAAGCUAAACUGAUCCCAACAGGAUGUAGCCUACUCUACCUUUUUACCCUCUAUGGUAACCUGAUGUAUUAGUUUUCAUCUCUGUACCCAUUUACUUUCACCACUCAACCACUUUAAAUGGAGACAAAUGGAAGAGCAAUUGCGCAUGAGUUGAUACUGUUGACAGAUUCCAGGCACCCAGUUUGGGCUCUGCCUGAUGUUUUAUGAGUUUCAAAUUUAUUUAUGGUCCAGACCAAGAAGGUACUGUCUUUCUACAAAAAGAAGAGGUCUCUAAGUUUUUGCUAACAUGUAAUUUACUCUUCAAUGAGACAAGAUUCAACUUUUCUUAUGGACUUGGCAGAAUUCCUUGGAAGAAUUAUGUUCUUCUUUCUUUUUUUGGCAACUGGGAGUAUAUAAGGUACAAGUUCAUCCCAGAGUCCAAUUUAAGGAAGGUGAUCAUAUUCACAAGCCAGAAGCUAAAUGACUCAACUCCUAAUGUGGACCUAAAAGUGUAAAACAAAGCUGCAAAUAUUUUUGUAAAUAUAUGUAAUUUUAUUACUUAUAUGAAUGUGACUAUGUACUGUAUAGAUGUUUUAUUUAUAUAUUUAUAUAUGCUGAAUUUCCUAAUAUAAAUAGGCACUUGUGGACCAAGCCCACUCAGCUGGGAGUGCUUACAGAUUGACUUGAAAUGCCUCUUUAUUUUGUGUUCCAUUAUAGAUCACAGUAAUCACUCUGCAGCUGAGACUACCCUGAGGCGUAUGCUGUGGCUCUUUCUUCUGCUUUUCUAGCUUUGAGUUUUAGAUGAAGAAAAUCUGUACAACUUAGGGUCUGGAAAAAGUUUUCUAGAGAGUUUGAA